AUGUCUUCUCUAUUCGACAAGAAAGUCGUCGUCGUGACCGGAGCCGCGUCAGGCAUCGGCCUAGCAACCGUGCCAAAGCUUUUAGAUCUUGGUGCCACCGUCCAUGGAGUCGAUCGAGCUUCAAAGUUGGUGGCCGCUCUAAAAGGCGAUCACAAUUUCACGUUUCAUGGAGGCGUCGACAUUAGCUCUCGAGCAGUGGCAAAAGGUGUCUUCCAAAACAUCCGCCAGACCGAGGACAAGAUGUACGGCCUGGUCAACUCCGCUGGGAUAGCGCCAUACUCGAAAGCCUAUUUGGAGACCGAUGAGGACUACCUAGCUACCAUCGGUGUAAACCAGCACGGGACAUGGUACAUGGGCACAGAGUUUCUUCGAUAUAUCGAAGCGAAAACGCCACUAUCAGCUAACGGGCGCGCUCCCGAAGGACAGUAUGCAAUAGUCAACAUUGGCUCCAGCGCGUCUCUACAAGGCUAUUCGGCACUAAGCGCAUAUGUCACCAGUAAGCAUGCGGUGUUGGGAAUGUCGCGAUCUUGGGCUAUCGACUAUGCAAUAUUUGGCGUCAGGAUUAACGUCGUCGCACCCGGCGGAGUGGACACCCCUUUGGCUUGA